UCACGUCCAGACUUCAUUAUGUUACAGUAAAAUGUGAUAUCGGACAAUACAUAUGCAUCAAAGUACAGUCACAAGCCAUGGACAUUUAUUUUUAAAGACAAAUUAUAAUAUAACUAAAACAUAUCAUUCAUUGUGAUUAACUCAUUGAGGUACCAACCGAAGACUAUAAUUUAAUAUUUUUUUUAGAUUUAGAUAAGAUAGAUUACACAUACUUUUAUUUAAUGUACAAAUUGAAAUCCUAGAUAAAGCUUAUUUGGGUUUACUCUAAAAUGACUGAGCAGUACAAGACUACAUUUCCCAUACGCCACCUCGGUUUAAAUCCCUGCUCCAGCGCGGUUGUGGGAUUUGAAGGAGAGCUGCUGUACGGAGCUGUGGGCGUUUGCUGGGCCUUUGCCGCGAUGUGAGCCGACAAAAAACUACAUCUCCCAAAACCAGAACAGUCCACCGCUCGAGUCUGGGCUCAUCCCUUUGCUCAUCCUUUAUCACAGACCAGAUUGGCUUUAGGUAUACUGCAGAGAGACAUAAUUAGCUUACAUUAUUUCUAUAAGGACAGAUGUAACAUAAACUCAUGGAAGUGUUCUAUAGCAACUAUUUUUUUUCACGGGAAAGGCGACAAUGUACCAGCAAACCUCUGUGAUCAGAAAAACUCCCCUUCAGUGAAUGAAAUUAUUUUUCAUUCAGCAUUGAUGCCUAAUUUAAAUUCUUAUUUAUUGUCAUCCUUUCUGAUCAUGAGCAUGACACCAGAAGAGGAGGAUGGAUACAGUCUGGAGGAAAAAUUUGACGCUGCAGUAAAAGUGAUCUGGACUUUGCCAGAGGAUGGCCCUUUUCAACCAUCAGAUGACAUGAUGUUGAUGUUCUACAGUUACUACAAACAGGCAACAUUAGGGCCUUGUAACAUCCCUCGACCAACUGGCUUCUGGGACACAAGGGGGAAAGCUAAAUGGGACGCAUGGAGUGCUUUGGGAAAUAUGACAAGGGAAGAAGCAAUGAUGAAGUAUGUUGAAGACAUCCAACUGAUCUUGGAAACCAUUCCAAUUUCCAGUGAAGUGACUGAAUUGGUACAAAAGCUUGGCAACUUCUUUACAGAGGUAGAAAGCAAUAAUGAAGAUGCUGAAGAAAAUGAAGUAGACAAAAGACCUUUUACAAGACCAUUUGCAAAACAUACAGAUGAGCAAGCCAUGAAACCCACCAUUCAAGGCUUUGGAGAUUUUUGGGAUGAUAUACAAAAUCUCCCAGAAACUGAAAAAGAUGACAUUGUUGUUGACCAAAGUGUGGAUAGUGAGGAUUCUAAGAGCUUAAGACUCAAUUGUGAAUGCAAAAACUGUGAAGACGAGGAAAAUGACGGCAAGUGCAUUUCUCAUGGUGAAUACAUGGAGGAAGAAGAGAUGGAGAAAAAAGGCUGCAAUCCAGACCAAAUUCUUUUAAUGGUUGAGAACAAGAGGUGGAGAUCGAGCAUUCAGGGGUCUAACUGCAGCAGCAUGGAGCCAAGUGUGUCCUCUUUCACCAAUGGGACACACAGUUCUCUCAACAGUGAGGUAGAAGAAGAAGAGCUAGCAUGUUCAUUAGAGCCAGCUAUCCAAUACAAUCCCUAUAUACACUUCAGUGAACAGCUGAUUGAUUGCAAUGUGCCUGCUGGGAUCAAUGUUAGAUCUACAGAUUCAGACAAUGAAGAAUUCUGUGAUUCGAUGGAACAUCUUGCAAUUGAUCAGGUACAUGAAUCGAGACUCUUCUCUAAAAGGCAAAAUGACCCAAGGUUAAAUGGUUUUCCAGCUCUGUACAGUGAAAAUCAACAUGGUCUGAUAGAUAGGACAAGUAUGUCUGACUUCAAAAGCGCCAUGUCAAAAACAGGUACAGAGAUUUUUGGACCAACAUGCGGCUCCCGGUCAGGUCAAAAUGUCAAUGUGGCAUGUUGUUGUGUGUCACAGAGCACACAGUCUCUGUGUAAUUCAAGGGAAAACAUGAAUGAACAAAUAGCCUCAGCUCUGCUAAGACUCCAGCAUGACAUGGAUAAUGUGCUGCACAAGCUGCAGACUCUAGAGGUCCUCCAAACAUCACAGCCACAAUCACCUUCACUAGACCAACACCCCCUGGCUGCUGCCCUCCAGUUCAUCAAACCAUCUUGGUGGCCUUCACAGUCCUCUCCUUUCACUGUGUUUUUCACUGUAAUCUGGCCUGUGUUUGCGCAUUGGCUUGUCCUUUUGUACUUACAGAGAAGGAGGUGAGGUCAACACCGAUUUGAUUGUUUCAAGAUGGCUCUCCCCUAAUAAU